AUGAGCGAGGCAAAGGUGCGCAAAGCGUUCGAAAAGACUGAUGCGCUUCGUCCUUUCAUCACGAAAACUUGUGAAGAAAUCAAGCGGCUUGACGAGAGGGCAGAUGAAUUGAUGAAGGAAGCGCAUACGCGGCUUGCUGAUUUUACGUCGAAUGUCACGAGUCUAUCCCAGGACCAGCGAACUAAGACUUACAAAGAACUGAUGGCGCUCUUGAACGAAGGCAAAAAGCUCCACGCCAAGAAAUUUGCGCUAGCCGAGAAGCAGUAUGAUACAGUCGAUGAAAAUAUAACCUUUCUCGACAAUGCUUGGGCGAGUUUCGUUGAAGAACAUCGGGUCGUGAAGCAAGACGCCGAAGAGCACACAGACGACAAGAAACGAAAAUCUACGAGCGGCCGCAAGGAUAAGCAGGCGGGUACGGCAGCACAAUCUUUCGUCUCGCAGCCGGCAGUCGAAUAUGCGAACAUGCCGGUAGAUCCGAACGAACCAAGGUAUUGUUCUUGCAAUCAGGUGUCUUAUGGCGAAAUGGUGAUGUGCGAGAACAAAUCGUGCAAAACGGAAUGGUUCCACUUCCAAUGCGUUGGACUGACUGAGCCGCCAGAUCAAAAGAAGUUGAACAGACGAAUCGAGGAGCAGAUACGGAAAGACCAAAGCAUGUCCCUCCGGAUCAUCAAGUUAUUGUUGCUAGGUGCCGGCGAGAGCGGGAAGAGCACAAUUCUGAAGCAGAUGCGCAUCUUGCACAAAGACGGCUUCUCCCAACAGGAUCUCGAGAUGAUACGGCCCGUGGUUUUUAGUAACUGCAUUCACUCGAUGCUCAGCAUCCUCCGCGCCAUGUUCCACCUGCAGAUCGAGUACGGCGAGCCGGAGCGAGUGCGCGACAGUCAGCUCGUCUUCGCCACGGUGCACGCCAACAAGGAGGAGCUGACCGAGGAGCUCGCCGCGGCGAUGCAACGAUUAUGGGCCGACUCCGGGGUUCGCGAGUGCUACCGGCGCAGCAACGAGUACCAGAUUGACGACUCGGCCAAGUAUUUCCUCGACAAUCUGCCCCGGCUAUCGGCGCCAAACUACGUGCCAACGGAGCAAGAUCUCCUCCGGACCCGCAUCAAAACGACCGGCAUCACCGAGGUGCUCUUCGAGCUGAAGGGGCUCACGUUUAGGGUCAUCGACGUUGGCGGACAGCGAUCAGAACGAAAAAAGUGGAUUCACUGCUUUGACAACGUGAACGCCAUCAUUUUCAUCUCGUCAUUAUCUGAAUAUGAUCAGACGUUACGCGAGGACAAUUGCACGAACCGGAUGCAAGAAUCGUUGAAGCUGUUCGACUCGAUUUGCAACAGCCCUUGGUUCGCCGACAUUCACUUUAUUCUAUUCCUGAACAAAAAGGACCUGUUCGCCGAAAAGAUCCAGCGAUCGCCGCUGACGAUCUGUUUCCCGGAAUACAAGGGCCAACAAAACCAAACCGAGUGCAUCAACUACAUCCAGUGGAAGUUCGAACAGCUGAACCGCUCCUCGCAACGCGAGAUCUACUGCCAUCACACAUGCGCCACCGACACGAACAAUGUGCAGUUUGUGCUCGACGCCUGUCUCGACAUGAUCAUCGCCAAGAACCUGAAGAGUAUGGGGUUGUGC